CUUCUCUUUCUUUUCUCUCUUUUCUCUUUGCCUUCUCCCUUCUACUCACUCAGUCAAACUCCAUUUUACUGUCUCUUCAACACAAGUAACUAACCUCGUUCUCUCUCACUUUUUGUGCUCAUUUCCUUUUUAUCUUGAAUCUUUCCAUUAUCAUCAUCAUCAUCAUCGUCUCUUCUUUAUCAUCUUUCACUUCUCUCAUUGGUCGACUGGUCUCACUAAAUAAUUUUUUUCAAGCCUCACUUCAUGUGGCUACAAGACGACAAACGCUGAGUGCGCAAACGCAGUUUCCCUAUUUUGAAUCAUUUGGUUUUCGCGAAUCGCGAUACUGAUUACUCGUUUGACUGGUAUCGAGUAUUAUCGGCAAAGUAUCGAUACUUUUACUCAAAAAAAAUUAAUCGCCUAAACACUAUUUUCAUUUGGUCUUCAUUUAGUCUAUGUUUAAGAUGUCUUCAGAGGGUUUACAAACAAAUGAUAAUGGUGAUUCAACUUUAUCAUCACCAUCUGAUUCUCCUACUGUCUCAUGUGUUUCUUCAUCUUCCUCAACAGUAACAACAACAACAACAACAACAACAUCGACCACAACAGCAACAGCAACAGCUACACAAAAUGAUGCAAACUUGUGUCAACUUCAACAGUUGUGUCUUCAUGAGGAUAAACGAAAAUAUGAAUUCUGGCAAACGCAACCUGUUCCUAAACUAGACGAAGAAGUUACUUCCUCAGAGCCUAUAGAAGCAGACAAAUCUAAUGACCAAAUAAAGAAAGAGCCUUAUAGAUUACUAGAUGGAUUCAAAUGGGAUACGCUUGAUAUUGAGAAUGAUGACCAGCUCAAAGAACUUUAUACUUUAUUAAACGAGAAUUACGUGGAAGAUGAUGACAACAUGUUUAGAUUUGAUUAUUCGCCUCAAUUUCUGAAAUGGGCUCUUAAACCACCUCAUUGGGUCCAAAAUUGGCAUUGUGGAGUUAGAGUAGUCAAGAAUAAUAAACUGGUUGGUUUCAUAAGUGCAAUUCCAGCUACCAUCCAUCUCUAUGAAAAUGCAAUCAAAAUGGUUGAAAUAAAUUUCCUCUGCGUGCACAAGAAAUUGCGGUCCAAAAGAAUGGCUCCAGUUUUGAUUAGAGAAAUUACUCGACGAGUUAAUCUGCAUGGUAUUUUCCAAGCAAUUUAUACUGCUGGUGUUGUAUUACCCAAGCCUGUUGGUUCAUGCCGUUAUUGGCAUCGAUCUCUAAACCCAAAGAAAUUGAUUGAAGUCAAGUUCAGCCAUCUAACCAGAAAUAUGACAAUGGCGAGAACAAUCAAGCUUUAUAAAUUACCUGCAGAUCCCAAAUUGCCUGGACUUAGGAAGCUUCAAAAAAAAGAUAUACCAAAAGUUAAGAAAAUACUCAAUGAUUAUCUUCGCCAGUUUGCCCUAGCUCCUCAGUUCUCCAUUGAAGAGUGCACUCACUGGUUCAUGCCAAGAGAUGAAGUCGUUGAUAGUUAUGUUGUUGAAAAAGACAACCAAAUUGUAGGCUUCACAAGCUUUUAUACGUUGCCUUCAACCGUGAUGCACCAUCCAACAUAUAAAUCAAUUAAAGCUGCUUAUUCUUUUUAUAAUGUACCAUCACCAGACGUUGAUUUGCGAGAUCUUAUGCAAGAUGCAUUGAUUAUAGCAAAAAAUGCCGAUCAUGAUGUGUUCAAUGCUCUUGAUUUGAUGGAAAAUCAAAAGUUUCUAGAAAAUCUGAAAUUUGGAAAAGGUGAUGGAAGCCUUCAGUAUUACCUCUACAAUUGGAAGUGUCCUUCUAUCACGCCUGAAAAGAUUGGUCUAGUAUUACAAUGAGUAUGGAUAUAAUAAUGGUUAAAAUUAGGUUUGAUAACAUUUGUAGAAUGUCCGAGACGUCAAGAAAUUAAGUUGUCGGAAGAUAUCAACAUCAGAACUUUAUUAAAAUCGAUUUGUUGCUGAAAAAUUAAAUUAAUAUCAAUUUGGAUAUACUGUGUAAUGCUUACAGCAAUUUUAAUUUAAUCCACCGAUAAAUAAAACUCUUUUUGAAAGUUUCA